ACCCACACCAGGCAUUCUCUCCAGGAGCCAUAGGAGGGAGCUGGGGGCUGAGUGGGCAGCGUGUGCCCUGGAGGCACUGCCGAGGGCCAGCCCUGUCUCCUGAUCGUCCUGGUGCCUGAGGAGCUCUCCUUUAACCUGGUGGGGUGGCUGGGGGAACACUCUGAGGCACAGGCAUCCCGUGCUGGAAACCUGUUUCAGUGCUUUGCACGACUGCACAGCGCCUUUGUGCAGAGUGUGUCUCCAAAGCAUCUCCUUUCACAUCAGCCAUGCCUACGCUCAUGCUCACCACGGGCAGUGAGAGUGCGUUGCUGAGGUCCGCCUGUUCUCCUCCCUCAGGUAUCAAGUGAAGUACGAGAGUGUUCCAUCCGCCUCUUCAAAGAUUUAAUGGACGCUGUGCUGUGGUAUAAGAAGGGAAACAUUAAGGAGACCGUCCACAGUGUCCUGCUGCCUCUGCUGUUUCACAUGAGUGACGAGACCCCGAGCGUAGCACAGGCAUCUGGGGAAGCCCUCGUGGCUUGUGCAAAAUUCCUGAAGUGGAAGGAGCUCAAGCAGCGGGCCCGGGAGGAGUACAUAGCGGCGAUCAGGAGGUGUUUGCUGCACCAGGACAAGAGGACAGUGGAAGGAUACCUGUGGCAGAGCCUUCCAUACCUGAAGGAUUCUCAGACUUCCAUACGAUGCGAGGCUGUCACAUUCAUCAGUGAGCCCAACCCCCGGGUCCCUCUUUGGGCCCUGCCCUGGCAGCAAG